AUGCAGAUUUUUGUUAAGACGCUCACCGGCAAGACCAUCACUCUUGAGGUCGAGUCCUCUGAUACCAUCGAUAACGUCAAGGCCAAGAUCCAAGACAAGGAAGGUAUCCCACCCGACCAGCAACGUCUCAUCUUCGCUGGAAAGCAGCUCGAAGAUGGUCGGACCCUCUCUGAUUACAAUAUCCAGAAGGAGUCUACCCUUCACUUGGUCCUGCGUCUCCGUGGAGGCAUGCAGAUCUUCGUAAAGACCCUCACGGGCAAGACGAUCACGUUGGAGGUAGAGUCUUCGGACACCAUCGAUAACGUGAAGGCGAAGAUCCAGGACAAGGAGGGUAUCCCCCCUGACCAGCAACGCCUCAUCUUUGCUGGCAAGCAACUCGAGGAUGGUCGGACGCUCUCCGACUACAACAUCCAGAAGGAGUCCACCCUCCAUCUCGUCCUCCGUCUUCGCGGCGGUAUGCAGAUAUUCGUCAAGACCCUGACGGGCAAGACUAUCACGUUGGAAGUCGAGUCGUCUGACACCAUCGACAACGUGAAGGCGAAGAUCCAGGACAAGGAGGGUAUCCCUCCUGACCAACAGCGCCUCAUCUUUGCCGGGAAGCAGCUCGAAGACGGUCGCACUCUUUCCGACUACAACAUUCAGAAGGAGUCUACCCUCCAUCUCGUUCUUCGUCUCCGUGGUGGUAUGCAGAUCUUCGUCAAGACCCUCACGGGUAAGACGAUCACUUUGGAGGUGGAGUCAUCCGACACCAUCGACAAUGUCAAGGCGAAGAUUCAGGACAAGGAGGGUAUCCCGCCGGAUCAGCAGCGGUUGAUCUUUGCCGGAAAGCAGUUGGAGGAUGGUCGCACCUUGUCUGACUAUAAUAUUCAGAAGGAGAGCACCCUUCAUCUCGUCCUACGUCUUCGUGGUGGUCUUUAG